CACACCUCUCUCGGCAGUUACUCCCUGUAUCUUCUGCUUGGGUCAAAACUUUUGAGGUGGGCUGGCUAGAUAGCAGCGGGAGAGAGGGUAAACUAGGGCUCGGGUUGGAGGAGCUUCAGCACCUCGGUCAGCGCCCACUGCAGCCUAACCCACCCCCUUGAGCUCACGCGGACUCCCUGCUCUGAGUGAGAAUGCCUGCGGAAUGAUCGCCCCCCAGGGCGGCCGCCGCUGCUGCCGCUACUGCUACCGCCGCUACUGCUCCCGCUGCUGCUGCUCUUGCUCCUGCUCCAGCCACCGCCUCUGUCUCUACUCUGCUCUGACUGGCAGGCAGAGAGUGCAACGGACGAGGGAAAGGUCUCUGCAGUGAGAGUGGAGUGGCUACAGAAAAGAGAGUAAAGAGAGGGCAAAAACCCAGAUCAGAAUGCAGGCGACGUCCAACCUACUCAAUCUCCUGCUGCUGUCUUUGCUUGCUGGAUUAGACCCUUCCAAGACUCAGAUUAGUCCCAAAGAAGGGUGGCAAGUGUACAGCUCAGCCCAGGAUCCUGAUGGACGGUGCAUAUGCACAGUGGUUGCUCCAGAACAAAACUUGUGUUCCCGGGAUGCCAAAAGCAGGCAGCUCCGCCAGCUUCUGGAAAAGGUUCAGAACAUGUCCCAGUCUAUUGAAGUCUUAAACUUGCGAACUCAGAGAGAUUUCCAAUAUGUUCUAAAAAUGGAAACCCAAAUGAAAGGGCUGAAGGCCAAGUUUCGGCAGAUUGAAGAUGAUCGGAAGACACUAAUGACGAAGCAUUUUCAAGAGUUGAAAGAGAAGAUGGAUGAACUCCUGCCCUUGAUCCCGGUGCUGGAACAGUACAAAACAGAUGCCAAGUUAAUCACCCAGUUCAAAGAGGAGAUCCGGAAUCUGUCUGCCGUCCUCACUGGGAUUCAGGAGGAAAUCGGUGCCUAUGACUAUGAGGAACUGCAUCAAAGGGUUCUCAGCCUGGAAACCAGGCUUCGCGACUGCAUGAAAAAGCUGACAUGUGGCAAAUUGAUGAAAAUCACAGGCCCAAUUACAGUCAAGACAUCUGGAACCCGAUUUGGCGCUUGGAUGACAGACCCUUUAGCAUCUGAAAAAAAUAAUAGAGUCUGGUACAUGGACAGUUAUACCAACAAUAAAAUUGUUCGUGAGUACAAAUCAAUGGCAGACUUCGUCAGUGGGGCUGAAUCACGGACAUACAACCUCCCUUUCAAAUGGGCAGGAACCAACCAUGUUGUCUACAAUGGCUCACUCUAUUUUAACAAGUAUCAGAGUAACAUCAUCAUCAAAUACAGCUUUGAUAUGGGGCGAGUGCUUGCCCAACGAAGCCUUGAGUAUGCUGGAUUUCACAACGUUUACCCCUACACAUGGGGUGGCUUCUCAGACAUCGACCUAAUGGCUGAUGAAAUAGGGCUGUGGGCUGUGUAUGCAACGAACCAAAAUGCCGGCAAUAUAGUCAUCAGCCAACUUAACCAAGACACCUUGGAGGUGAUGAAGAGCUGGAGCACUGGCUACCCCAAGAGAAGUGCAGGGGAAUCUUUCAUGAUUUGUGGGACACUGUAUGUCACCAAUUCCCACUUAACAGGAGCCAAGGUAUAUUACUCAUAUUCCACCAAAACCUCCACAUAUGAGUACACGGACAUUCCCUUUCAUAACCAAUACUUUCACAUAUCCAUGCUUGACUACAACGCAAGAGAUAGAGCUCUUUAUGCCUGGAACAAUGGUCACCAGGUCCUAUUCAAUGUCACCCUUUUCCACAUCAUUAAGACUGAGGAUGACACAUAAGCAAAUGUAAUUUGUUUUCAUUGAUUGAAACCGUGUCAUUUGUGAUAAACUCUAUAGAACCCCCUUCUGUUUUCCCUUUAUUGUAACUUCUCAUCAUUUCUCCAAAGCAUUUUUUUUUAUUAUAAAGUUGGUUUGUCAAAAAUCAGCCGAGCCUGUCUAAAUUGACCUGUUGGAAACACAUCUUAACUCCUAAAUUUACGGGGCCUAUCAUGUCCUUGUCGUGAAAAGCACUAAAAAGAGCUUAAGCAUCUAAAGUUAUAGUUUUGCAAAAGGUUAAUGAUCUGCCUUAUAUUAGAGUCAGAGACUAAUGAUGGCUUAAAUGCAUGAAUGUCUUCUUUUUUAAUUCUGUCAUUUUUUACUGUCUUUUGCUCUACAUCAGGAAAUAUUUUGGUAGGAAUUAGGGGAAAAAAAAGCACUUUCCUCCCAUUUAUUUCUAAAAAAGAUUUAAGGAUUUUAUUUAUAGGGAAAAUAUAUUACUCAUUUUGCUGUUAUAGAAUUCUCUGAUGCGGUGCUGUACAGUCAUUUUUAAAUCUCUUGCUAACAUUUUAUUGGCAAUAUGUAUUUCUACCAUUGUAACCACCAUUGUGCAAUUGUAUCUCUUCACUUCUGUGAAAGUAAGUAAUAUUUUUUAUAAAAUACACUGAAGUUUAAUCUCAGUAAUUAUUAUGGGCCAAUUUUCAAGUGUGGUCAGGAGAAAAUAUCUUCUUGGCUUACCCCUUUAUUUAAAUUUAUAAUCAGGAAGAAAAAUCAAACUAAAUUCCUUACAUAGAAUAUUUCUUUUACCCCAAAUUUAUUGGAUCACUAACACUGAAUGCUAAAACUAACUACAGAUGAGUUACUCCAUUCACUUCACUGAAAGCAACCCACAUUGUUGCUUGCAAAGAUGCAACUGAGUCAGAAAAUUUUGGAUUUGAGUUGACUUUACUCAUUUAUUAUACAACCAACCAAAUUUUGUUCUUCAUAAAUAAGUCUAUUAGUGUUUUAACUUAAAUUUUACACACAACUUGCAAUAAUGUAAUUACUUGUGUCAGGACUCUGAAAGUACAUGAAGCACAUAUAGAAACUCUUAAAAAGAAAAUUUCUGUGAGGUCAUCUAGAUUUACAUUAUGACCCUGGAGAGUUACUGGCAAUGUGAGUGCAAAAGAAAAUGAUGGGUAGACUUGGGAGCUGUCUGUGUGGUUUAAAUGUGCAAAAAACCAAUUCAGGAAACAAGAUGGGAGGGCAACCCCUUGUUACCCUGAUUCAUAAUGUGUGCAGAAAUAAUGUAACCAAAAAAGAAAGUUUUAAUAACAUUUUAUGUUAAUAAUCUCAAAAACAUAUAAUCGAUAUUUAUCAAACAUGUCAUUGAGUUUGGAUGUCCUUUCCAUAUGUUAAAAAUACUUACCUAAGACAGUUUUACAGAAACUAGAGUGUGGGUUGGUUUUACAAUUUAAAAAGUAUAUUCUAUAACAAAUAAUGUGUAACUUAAAUUGUGGUAAAUGUUUAGUUUCACACAUACAUAAUAAUAAUUUCCUUUGUAAAGUAAGGAUAUAGUAAUUCAGAUAGAGCAUUGUGUAAAGAAAUGCUAACACUUAAGUAAUUCAUUUCAAAUGUCACAAGUAAAACGUAAUUCUCAAGUAUCUCACUGUCAAAGUCAUAGAAUUAAAUAACUCAAUCUUGAGAUUGUUCAAGUUUAACAAUGGUUUCUUUACUUUUUGCCUAAAAAAAGUUAGCAUGACUUAGCAACCACUCUGGGUCCUUUUGCAAUGUUGUCUUCUCUUUUAAAAUGUUUAUAUAAGUUCUCCUCUGCUUUUGAGAGUUAGAAAAUUUAGGGGAUUCACUUGUCAUUGUACACACACCACAAAAAUAAUCAGCCAAUACUUUGUAUAUCAAGAGUUUGUAUGAAGAAAGAAAGUUAAUUUAAAAAAUGAAUGAAUUUUUAAGUAGAUGGUCUCUGAUGGAUAUCUGGGUCUUCAUUACUUGUUUUUUAAAAAAAUGAUGUAAUAUAGUAUCACAUACAUUCAAAACCUGGAUGAUCACAGCUUUUUUGUGAGAUGUGCAGCUUGUAAAGCACUUUAUUGUUUUCUAUGUAAGGUAUCAUCACCACAUCCAAUUUCUAGUGUAUGUGCUGCUAGGGCACGCACAGAUUUUAUUAUUGUCAUAGAAGUGGGGGUAACAUGAAUUUAAAAAUGUGAUUUGCAUUAAACAUUUACAGUUUAAAAGCAUUCUUCUUAAUAAAUUAUUAUCAGUUUUGUGCCUGAAACAAGAACUUACUCUAAUCACUGUUUUUUUUUAACUCUCAAACAAAUUUUAUGAGGGAAAUAACUUACUACUUUAAAAUCAUUUACAUAAUCCUAUCAGUAAAGAAAUCCAAGCUUAAUCCUAAAUGAACUGUGCAACUGGUAUUUUCUGAAUUAACCAGAUCGUUAACAAACUUCUAUGUCAUUCAAAUAAUAACAUGAUCAUGGUCUGAUUGUGUUUGUGUGACCUUUUUAUUUGUGGCCCUUGAAUCACAAUACUUACUAUCUACACAUAUAUCUAUUAGUUCAUAAAAUUAUAGUGUUUCAGUGCAUUACCAGUAUGUAGGAUAAAAGAGAAAAUAAUGAUAUACCUAAAUAUAACAUUACAAGUAAUUAGAUAAAAUUUACCAUAAAUUCAAAAUCUCUGGUUUUUAUCACUGUACUCAGAGUCAUUUCAUCUUUAUAAUCCAUAUUACUCCUUCUAAUGAAAUCUUUUCUUCAGAAACAAUUUAAUCCUAAUGAGAAAAUGGUCUUUCAAAUCACUACCAAACUUACAAGUAUAAAUUUUUCACCCAGAAGAAUUAUUUUUUAAAUAUAACUAUACAAAACUGUUCUUCUGUUUUCCUAAAAGUAAAAGUUAUUUUCCUACUAAGGUAAGUUUUACAUAUAAUAGUCCUUUAGCUUUAUUCUCCUUAAAGAGUAUAUUUCCAAAAAGAAAAAAGAAAAAAAGAAAACCCUACUGGUCUCCUUAGCACUCAAGAUUACCAAAUCAUUUCUCCAAAUGCUAAAUUUGAAUGCAACUGAUAGCAAAAUUAAAACUAUUCCUUCGAGUUAGAGUGAAUAUGAAAAAAUAGAUAGUGAAGAGUUUCUAAAAGCUAAGCCUUCUAGAAAUAUAUCAGACACUUUUGAAAAAAGAAUUGAAAAAUGGCAACUUGCUGGUUUGACCAAGAAGGUACAAUUAUAUCCUUUACGAACACCUUGAGUUCCUAUGACAUUAUAAAAGAAAGGGCAUUUACAGACAAAUUUUACUUCGCCUUCUCUACCACCACAUGAUAAAUGGACCAUAAGAACUACUAUAAAGUGGUCUACCUUGCACUAUAUGCAGGGAGAAUUAAAUUAAAAUUAGCCAUUAUAGGAUGACACAAAGCCUUAAUCUCUGACUGCUUAUAGGUAGAGACACUGAUUUCUAGAGAGUCCCAGAGGAACUAAAUAUCACUCAGUUCAGUAGACUAUAUCCAUACUGAAAUCAAGAUCAUGGAAUGGUUUCUGGUUCUAAAAUUAACUAAGCUUAGCAUAAAUAAAUCUCUUAGGUAAUAAUUUUUAAUAAUCGGUGACUCCUCAGAGAAGGUCUGGGCUUUGUAAAAUAUAUUGUUUUGAAUUUAACUUAUAUUAGAAAAAAUACAAUGAAAACAUUAGUUGAUGGAAGGAACACCAACUUCAAAAUAUUCUAGCUAUUUUUCUAUGAAAUAAUGAAUCCAACUGAUGACAAUCUCUUUAAUAGAAAACUGUUCUACUCUUUUAACCAAUCCAUAUGAAAACCUCCCAACUGACUUUACCAAGCUGAUUUAUCAGAUUCACAUCUUAAAAUUAUUUUAUACAGCUUUUGCCUUUUGGUUGAACUAUUCCAUUAGACUUAGAAUAAUUUUAAUCCUGUUUGGAUUCUGCUUUGAUUCCAAAAUGUCAAACUGGUUACCCUUUAAAGCUCAUUUCAUGGUUGCCAAGUAAGUUUUACAAGCAUAAUUAUCCCUAAACAUGUCCUGAAAAUGAUAUAAGGACCUAACACUGUACCUUGCCAAGAAUAUUUAGUAUCUUUCAUAACUAUAACCAUCUUAAAACAUUAUUCCUAAUUAGAGAUGUGAAGCAAUGUGGUAAAUAAGGAGAAGUUCUCAGGAAUACCUUAGUGCUACAAGACAUUUGCUGAUAUCAUACACACAAAUACGGUUGUAUUUGGGUUGCAUCCCUACCAAUGGUAUAGUCUGUCUAGAAGAGCUCACACCCAUAUUCUAAAUAAAUAAAUAAAUAAAUAAAUAACCAAAAUUUCACCAUAAUGUAUCAUUCCCUACUACAAUCAGACCUGGAAAUACCGUAUUUUCAGCAGACAUUUCCAGAAGAUAAAUAUUAUAUGACAAAGGUCUUGAAAAGACCUCAAAAAAUGAGCUGACUAAAAGAAGCAUUAGCCAUUUCAAAUUUAAGCAUGUUAUAGAAUUAUCAUAUUGAACUUGGUAAUACAUAUCCAGCUAAGCUUUUUGUCUAUGUCACUCUUAACUUCAUGAACUCAUAUAUGUUACCAAUACGUAGUUUAUGGGCUUUCCAACUAGGUAAUAUUGCAUUAUUUAUUCAUUUAUUUGAAAAAUAAGCCCUGAGCAAAACUAUGUAUCUAGACAAUUUCUAGAUGA